AUGUCGCGUCGGCGCAUCCAGUGUGACCAAUCACAGACCCCCUGCAAGAAAUGUCUGAAAGCGGGACUAGAAUGCUAUGAUAAGAGACCCCUCCGAUGGGUCAAAGGCGUGGCCAUUCGAGGCAGGAUGCAGGGGUUGACGGUGAAGGAUGCGUCAGCUGCCUCGGCAGCCUUGGCCACGUUGGAUCGGGUUCCAAGGAAGAAAGGGAGUAAGAAGACAGUAUCUUCUGCUUUGGUUAGGCGCGAUCAUAAUGACCACACUGAUGUAGUCGAGAAUGAAACGAACCCAUCAAUGGCUCUGGAGGCUGGUCCCAUCUCGAAUUUGGAUCGGACAUCCAGGUACUACCUGGAUUAUUAUAACUACCAGAUAUGCAAGGUAUUCAUCGUUCAUGACAGCGAGGAGAAUCCUUUGAGAAGGCUGAUAUCUCUGGCUGUGAACGAUUCACUGCUACUGAAGGCGGUACUUGCCCUCGCGGCACGCCACAGGGCCAAUUCCGGUUAUUCCUUUGAAAAUGCUGUAGUGGGGUCUUCCCCGGACCUCCUGCAGAUUCACCAGGAUGCUCUCGUCUUCAAACAUCAAGCUAUACAAGGGCUAACGCAUGCGUUGAACGAUCCCACAAUAUCCGAGCAGGACACGACAGUAGCUUCCAUUUUCCUUCUUAUAUUUUUAGAUCUCUUAGAGUCCGGAAGCGACAAAUGGAACUUCCACCUCGAGGGCGCUAAGAGGCUGAUUACCAAUGGCCAUUUGCAUGAGGUGCACGCUGGAAGUUCCAAGGAUCCAGGACGGACUGUGGAACAGAUAAGAAAGUUCAUCAUCAAACAAAUCCAUGUGAUCGAGUCCCUUGGGGCCACCUUUGUCCGUCCUAAGUUACUAUCCGGGUGCGCCUCGUUAGACCAUCCAGAGUCCUUACUGAAUGAAACAGUUGAACAAUCUUUCAUUGGGUGUCCCGAGUACUUAUUACAUGCCGUGCAAUGUCUUUCAGCCUACCGGGACAGCAUGGUCGAGUCCCAGCCACAGACCUCCACGACCAGUAACACACACAUGCAAGAUAUAACGAGCGUGCUUGAUUUAAUACAUAAAUUUGACUGUUACACCUGGGCAUCAAAUCUACCAGAGUCACAGAAGACCUCGUCGCGAUAUCUAAGCAACCUCUGCAAACUGGCACAGUCGUACAAACUCGGGGCUCAAAUCUACGGUCAGCGCGUCUUGGAUGCUCUGCUCAGCGUGACUACCCCACAAGAGGAGCUUGUCUCUGAGUUAAUCGGCGUCAUCGAUGCGUUACGAGACGACGGCAGGUUAUUGAAAUGCGUUCUUUGGCCGAUCUUCGUUGCCGGCCUCGAAUGCCGGUCGCAGGCCCAGCGAGACUUUUUAAUCACUUCCUUGGAGAACUUCUGGUUGGACACGAACUGUUUGAACGUGGUCAAUGCCGCCAAGGCAUUGCAGUCGUAUUGGCAAAAGACUGACAAACAGACGUCCUCCACACAAUGGAUCUUUGAUAUCGGAGACCUAGACCACGACUGGCUUUUUAUUUGA